UUUACAUCAUGGCGGCGAACGUACCAACUGAGGGAAGCGGUGACGGCAUCACUAUGGCAGAUGAAGAUAAAUGCCUAGUUCACGAAACAUUUAAAGAAGUAGAUGAAGUUAAACAUCUUAUACAAAGUCUUGAGACAAUAUGGCAAGAUACCGUUGCAAUGGAGAUGGCAGAAGAGCGCUUUCGAAUUAUCAUUGAUGAUUAUCAAGAACAGCCUCAUUUAAUUGAUCCUUAUCUAGAGGAGUUUCUCAUCAUGUUGUUAAAUAUUGCAAAGCAACCUACAGCACCAAGACCUGUUAGCAAGCAAGCAUUUGUUUAUUUAUACCUCAUUACAAAGAUGCGAGGAUUCAAGCAAGUUGUACGUCUGCUACCACAUGAAGUAUCAGAUAUGGAACCACUCUUGACUCUUAUUGAAGCUCAAGAUCCUUCAGACUUUGAAUUGUGGGAAACCCGCUAUGUACUGCUAGUGUGGCUCUCCAUUGUGUGUCUGAUACCGUUUGACCUGAAGAGAUUGGACAGCAACCUUCAACAGGGUGACGGCAACAUCAAAACCAAAACAAUGGACAGGAUCAUGGCUAUAUGUAAAAACUAUCUGUCAGUGAAUGACAAGAGCAGGGACGCUGCUGCUUACCUGAUGUCAAAAUUUCUGACACGACCUGACGUCAAACAAGAUCUCUUGCCGCAGUGUCUGGACUGGAUGAUGCAGACCUUAAAAACAGCUGAUUAUAACAAUGUCCAGGGCCGCAGUCAGCUGUGUGGUGUCCUGAGCUCUCUAGCGCUGCUGUUCCAGCAUGGGAAAAGGGAGGACUUACUGCAGUUUGCUCCUACUGUGCUGAAAGUUGUGCUAGAGGCUGACCUGGAGAAAUGUGAAAGCUGUGUCAUACGCAAACUGCUGGGGAAACUCAUUCAAAGGCUGGGUCUGACCUUUCUCAAGUUCAGGGUCACUGCAUGGAGGUACAACAGAGGAAAUAGAUCACUUGCAGCCAAUCUAGGGGGAGUGUCUACUACAUCUAAUGGGGGAGGUAACUCUGAACUUACUGUUGGGGAAGAGGAUGAAGAUAUUGAUGUGCCAGAGGAGAUGGAAGACAUUAUAGAACAUCUGCUGGUGCAUUUAAAAGACAAGGAAACCAUUGUCAGGUGGACAGCUGCUAAAGGGAUUGGUCGAGUGACAGGACAACUCCCUAAGGAGCUGGCAGAUGAUGUGGUCGGGUCUGUUUUAGAUUUGUUCAGUUUCCAAGAAACAGAUGGGGCCUGGCAUGGAGGGUGUUUGGCUUUGGCUGAGCUUGGUCGUAGAGGACUCUUAUUACCAGAGCGUCUUAAAGAUGUGGUGCCAGUUAUAAUGAAAGCCCUGAUGUAUGAUGAAAAAAGAGGCAACUUCUCUGUGGGAGCCCACGUCAGAGACGCAGCGUGCUACGUGUGCUGGGCUUUUGCCAGGGCCUACGAACCCUCAGACAUUGUUUGUUAUGUAGAUCAAAUAGCCAAUUACCUGAUUAUCGUCUCAGUGUUUGAUCGUGAGGUCAAUGUCAGACGAGCGGCAGCCGCAGCCUUCCAGGAGAAUGUAGGCCGUCAGGGCACAUUUCCUCAUGGUAUUGACAUCCUCACUACAGUUGAUUACUUCGCUGUUGGCAACAGGCCCAGGUGUUAUCUGGAGCUCAGUGUUUACAUAGCCAACUUCAAAGAAUACACGCUAGGUGUGAUUGACCAUCUGACUGAUGUUAAAAUUGCCCACUGGGACAGUGUGAUCAGAGAACUUUCAUCAAAAGCUCUCCACAGGCUCACAGCUUGUGCCCCUGACUACAUGGCCACUACAGUACUGCCCAAGCUACUGCCUCUAACAACUGGGCUGGAUUUGUUCCAGCGACAUGGUGCCAUCCUUGCCAUAGCUGAAAUUCUACAUGCUCUCUAUGAUAUUUCCAAAUCUAGGGGAGUGGAACUAGUCAAAUUAUUAAACGAUGAUACAGUGGAAGGGAUACAAGAUAUAUCAAAAAAGCUCCAAGACCUAAAGAUGUUCAAGCGACAUGGAGGAGAGUAUAUGAGAACAUCUGUGUGCUGUCUCAUAGAGAAAUGUGCGUUGUCCAAAAUGCCUUUUCAUAAAAAGCCAGUCUUAGAAUUGUGGCAGUCUUUGAUAGAUGAGUGUCUGACUAAGAUAGAGCCAGAGAUACAGGCGGCAGCUGUCUCAGCCAUUCCUCCAUUCUUCUCUGAGUACUACACAAAACCUGAUGGCUCAGUUUAUGAAGACAUCCAAGAGUCCAUUCUGUCUCACUACCUGACUGAACUCAAGUCCUCCAACCAAGCUACAAGGCAAGGUCAUAGUUUAGCCAUUGGGGCAUUACCUGAAGCAGUAUUGAAGGGUCAGCUGUCCAGAGUGAUGAGUGGGGUUAUUGCUGUCUCCAAGAUUACAGAGAAAGAAGAGAAGAUGGCAGAGGCUAGAAGAGAUGCUGUCAAAGCUUUAUCCAAUAUCUGUACGACAGUUGGUGUUAGUUUUGAUGGGAACCCAGAAGAGGUGAUCUGUUCUCGCAAUGUAGACGUCGUGUAUCAAGCUCUGCUUCAGGCAAUGAGGGACUACACCCUGGACAGUAGAGGGGAUAUUGGGGCGUGGGUUAGAGAGGCAUCUAUGCAAGCACUUCAUGAUAUUACUAGUCGUAUUGUUAAAAUUGACAGUCAACUUCUCUCCCCUGAUAUAGUCAGGCGUGUGUUUUGUUGUUUGAUUCAACAAGCUGUAGAGAAAAUAGACAGAACACGACGACAUGCUGGGGUCUUGUUCAGUAAUUUGCUGUACCACAAGCCUGGGAUUCCUCACAUACCACAGGAGGAAGAAGUCAAGGCCAUUUUUCCAGAAUCUCUAGUUAAAGUAACAAAUUGGGCAGCAGAAGCUGACACAUAUCCCAUGUUUUCUAAACUGCUAGCACUACCACAAUACACAUACAGUGUUUUGCUGGGGUUGGUGGUCAGUGUAGGUGGGCUCACAGAAUCUCUUGUCAAAUUCUCCAGUGCAUCUCUACAAGAUUAUAUCAAAAGUUUAUUACACAACAAAACAGCUUUAGAAGGUUUUAUGAAAGUUUUACUCACAAUUUUUAAAGACCAUCAAAGGGAUGACAGGGUAUCCUUGCCUUUAAUGAAAACACUGGACCAUAUGCUGUCAUGGGGCCUUUUGGAGAAUCUGUCUACAGACAAUGAGGAAUCUGUGCCCAACCAGAUAAUUGAGCUAAUCAAGACUGAGGUUCAUAAAUCUGGCAGUCCACAGAAACUGAUGGCUGGAGCAGAUGUAUACUGUGGUUUACUGCAGUUCCAUGGAGCACCAAGGACCAAAUGUUUGACACACCUCAUGAUAUUGUUGUGUCAUAAGUACCCAAGGGUAAGGAAAACAACAUCAGACAAGCUGUAUGAGGCAUUGCUGACCUAUGAGGAUGUUGUUUCUGAGGAAAACACGACAGAGAUCAUGACUGUCUUAAGUGAGACCAGUUGGGAUGCGUUGGACAUGGCAGAUAUCAGGGACAAGCGCAACACCUUGUGUGACCUUCUGGGUAUUAAACGUCCAGUUUUUCUCAAGAAAACAUAACCCUUCUGGCACCUAUGAACCAAUAUCCAGCUCAGCAGCUGUUGUGUGUCUAUUGUGUGGAGCCAUGAGCAAAUAUGAGCAGAGCUGGUGAAAUCUUCAAGUGACCAGCCCUCUGUGUCAAAUGUUUAUUGGUCGAAUUUAAAAACUAAUACAAAAAACUCACAGGCUGUCUGCAUUAAAUCAUUUUAAAAAAAUCACAAAAUAAUACAAGUUCAGCAAUGGACUAGUAAUCCUAUCUAGUCUGACCAAGAUUUUAUUUAUUUGCUGAUUUGCAUAGGUUAACUCUGGAGUUGUUUCUUUGAUUAAAAAUUUCAACUUUUUAAAUUUGUUAGCAAGUCUGUCUUUGUGCUGUUUUGUGUAUGGCCAAAUCCCAUAAACAUUAGAGUCAAAUGUUGAAUAGGUGCUAUAUUGAAUGGUGAUUUACUGCUAUGUUGAAUGGUGACCAAGUAUGGUGUCAAAUAGGUGACUCAUUGCUUUGUACAGCCAAGUCAAAUGGUGACUCAAAUGGUGACUCAAAUGGUGACUAUGUGAAACAUCUGUCUGUGAUAACUAAUCCAAGUUUUUAUUAUGUUGUGAGGGAAACAAAUUUUUUGACAGAAUUGAAUGAAUGGCUUCCCUAAUUUGCUGCUUUUUAAAAAUUGAAUAAAAAUUUGGUAUAUGCA